CGCGCCGGGCAGCCCCGGCCCCGCCGCCCCGCCACCCGCAGGAGACGUAGAGCCAGGCCCGCGCCCAGCAUCCGCUGCAUGGCCAUCCGCGUCCUCUGCGGACUGCGGUCCGGGGCCCGGAAGUCCCGCCCCGGAAGUCCCGCCACCGGCGUCGAGCGCCCGCCGAUUGGUCGGGACGCACUCGACGUCACCGCGUCCGCCACGCCCCGGCUAGCGCUGGACCGGUCAUGGCGGUGGCGGCGCGGGCGCUCACGCUGCCGGCAGUGGUGGAGGAGCUGCUGAGCGAGAUGACGGCGGCGGCGCGGGACGGCGCGCCGAUUCCUGAUGAGCAUCUGUUAUCGCUGAAGUUUGUCUUUGGCUCAUCAGCCGUCCAGGCCUUGGACCUCGUUGAUCGCCAGUCCGUCACCUUAAUCUCAUCACCCAGUGGGAGGCGUGUUUACCAGGUACUUGGAAGUUCCGGUAGAACAUACGUGUGUUUGGCCUCUUGUCAUUACUGUUCGUGUCCGGCAUUUGCCUUCUCAGUGCUGCGGAAGGGUGACAGCCUCCUGUGCAAGCACCUCUUGGCAGUUUAUCUUAGUCAGGUUAUGAGGACCUGUCAGCAGCUGAGCGUCUCUGACAAGCAACUGACUGAUGUAUUAUUGAUGGAAAAGACACAGGAAGCAUCAUAAAUGGCACAGAUGGAGCAUCACACUGUCCUUCAACACAGGAGUCCUGUCCAGGACGCACGCGACUGGCCACGCGUGAUUCACGUGGCCGAGACGUGAAUCAGACUUCCUGUCGCUGUCCCUUCCCUGUGGGCUGCAGGAGGCAUUGUGGGUUGGGCCCAGGAUGUGCGUAUGGUUUGAAGCCCUCGUGAAAAGUCUGGACCAGCCUCCAAGCCCCUUGGGUAGAAAAUUUCCAGAUGGAAUCACGCGUUUUAGACUCCAAAGCCUAACAUCAUGUCAUGGUCAUAAUUAGAUUCUUAAGUGACCAGAGUACUAGUCAUUACUAAGAGGUUGGAACGGUAGGUGAAACAGCAAACCGAAGUUUAUAGAUAAAUAAGCAUCAGUUCUUUUUCUUGGGUCCAGAAAAUUUUUCUGCAGUAAAAGGUUAGAGCGGAGAUGUGGCUAAAUGGCAGCAAAGACAAAAAGACAUCAGGGUUCUGGUUUCAGUGAGCUGCAGAAUCUGCGGUGUUGAGGCCAAAACGGCUGAUUAAAUAGGCUGUAUUGUGAGACAUGUAGUCAGUACCUAGGACAAGGAAGUGCCGGUUUGCUCUGCGUGCACUUCUGAGCUGUGUAACGAGCCAGACGAUGGAAGCUGAAGACGCUGCUGGGGAUUUCCAGUCUGAGGAAGAAAAGGCUGAGAGAUUCCCAAGAGGAUGUUGGGAGGGAGAUCAACGGGACGCAUCCGGACCCCAAGAGAGAGCAAAGGAGCAAUGGCGGAUGAAAAGGAACACGAGACAGAUUUCGGCACAGGACAGGAACUUUUCAUGGGGAAGGCUGUCCACAGCUGGAACAGGGUCAUAGAAGGACAGGCUCUCCCUGUCUCUCUAGGGGUUCGUGAGCCUGCAACGUGUGCGCAGGGUUACUGCGGAAGGAAUCGAGUCAGCGACCAGACAGGUGAAAUAGAUGGUUUUGCAGCCUCGGACAGCCCCCAGCCCUGUGCCCCGCAAUAUGAGGUGCUAAUGAAUGACUGUGGGGAAGGCCGCAGAUGGCGCAGGGCUCUGUGGUGGCAGAGCCUUCUCUUAGGUUGAGGUGUGGCGAAUAAAACCUAUCAAGACUGUGCUACUUGGCAAACUUGGGCUCGGUGUAAACUUAUUUCAGGAUAGAGAACGGAAGGUAGGUGAGCUCUGCAUAGCAGGCCGGCGCAGCACCCUAAACUGUAUUUUUGUUUUUAAGUUUUAUUUUUAUUUCACCUCAUACAUAAACACAAUUCUCUAACUUUCCUUAGUAAAAUUUUCACUUUGGAUUCCAGCAACUUGGCCAACUUGAACUUGGGAAAGAAGUAAAAUUCACUAUCUAGCUCUGGAAGCGGGAAACAGAAUCUGGUGGCGGAGGGAUCCCACUUCUCCAGUUUCUUCCUUUAGGGUAGUUUUUGCUGUACAUGGAAAAGACUGUUAUCAAACCUGUCAUCUGAUGACAUUCUACUUAAGAACUUAUGAGACUAUCAUCUCCCUAAUAUGGCAGUGUCUUGAUUGAAGAACUAUACUUCUAAUUUUCCUGGUCACCUUCCCCAGAACAAGUAUAUAUUUUUAGUAUGUCCAACUUUUUCCAUUGCCUGCUAAGUUAAAAAGUAUUUGUAUUGUAAUAGUUCACAGUGUUUCACAGUAAAAUAGUUUCAGUCAUUUUCUACCACGAAAGAGGUAGACUCUUAGGAAAACAAAACUCUCUUUUACAAUCCAUUCAAGUCGUCGGCACAUCAGCCAGAGCAGCCGGAGAACCGUAAACACAUCUGCCGACCCUCGGGACCUACGAGUAACGUGUGCAUAUUAACCAGGUACGGGGUACCUCCGGGGAAGUGCUCCGAAGAGGCCACCUGCUGGCCUGUGAGGUGUAGCUGUCCUUCCAGUGAGAAUCCGCCAGCCAUGCCCUGUCCCUUUGUUACUGAACUUGUGCCUUCUCCUCGAACAGGCCAGAGGAGCCUCGGUCACAGGCCCACCUGGAGAGCAGGCUGCGCCCCUGCCUGCCCAUCCCCACUCUUGCGGACGUCUGUCCGGCAGAGAACAUACCUGGAGAUGAUUUUGUGGAAAGUGUAGCGGAAGUCUCGGUUCCGGUAGGCGUAGACAAUGGGAUUGACAACCGAGUUGGCGUGCGACAGGAGGAUGGCCGUGUUCAUGGCCCACUUGGGCUUCUCCUUGGCCCAGGCUGGCUGAAAGAGCGAGGCACAGUUGAUGGCGUGUACCGGCAGCCAGCACAGAGCAAAGAUCCCAACAAUCAUGGCCAGGGACUUGGCCGCGUGGACCUCCCGCUGGAGGACAGUCCUCGAGUGGCCCACGAGCUCCAUGCGCCGGAGCUGCCUGCAGGCCACCAGGAAGAUCUUGACGUAGAUGACCAGCAUUAUGAGCAGCGGGGGCAGGACGCACCCAAAGAAAUUGAAGUACACCAUGUAGCUCAUGGGGACCACGUUCUCAAAAAGACACUUCACAAGGCAGCAGCUUGCGUUUGUGGUUCCAUCCCAGGGCUCCGUGCAGUUGGCGGCACGGUCUUUACUGUUCCACCCCAGGAACGGGGUCAGGCCGAUGCCCAAGGCGAGGACCCAGAGGACAGCAAUGACCCCUCUUGCUCGGGCCCCAGUGACCAGACUCUUAUACCUGUUGAAAAGAACAGUAUCUGUCACCGCCAGCGUACAGCACUCUGCCACCGAAGUCCAAGACCCCACGUCUGCUCUUUGUUCCUUUACCCCUAACAGCCUCUACCGUUCAGCCUCAGGGGGCACCGUGGCCUUUUACCCUCAACACUAACAGCUCGCUAACAGGUAUAAACAGCUUUGCUCUAACAAGCUCAAUAAGGUUUUCAUUCUUAAUAACUCACCUCUGUCUAAUGACAAAUCAUGGUCGAGGAGAACAAGUGGAGAAUUCUUAAAGGCUGCUUUCUAAUCACCCAGAUACUGACCUUGGGUCUAGGUUUCCUAUGAGACACAGCUCUAGGGGGUCGAGAUACACCAGGGAAUGGAACCCACAAGACCCCUGCUUCUCAGAGACUUAACGUUCUAGCAGGGGAGACAGAUCAUAAUAAACAACAAGCAUAGGUUAGUAAAUUAUACAGUAUGUUAGAAGGAGACGUGUAGUGUGAAAUGAGAAAAAGCAGAGUGAGGAAGGUGAGCUGUGGCACGGACUAGCGUUAAAGAGGUCAGGCAGGGAGGCUUCACUGAUAAGAUGCCCUAGAACAAACACCCAGCAAGUGAGGACCGGAGGCCCCUGGAGUCAGGCAGCCCCACCCGGUGACUCCGGGCGAGAAGCCUUCUGGUCAGUCUCCCACCAACACCCUAGGAAGAGUCAUCCCCCUGAAUUCCCCGGUAAGGUGCUGGAGGACGAGAGUUCUAGCAGCGUGCCUGGCUGUCUCGGCUAGCGGCGAAGUUGAUAAAAAUUGGGAAAGAACUUAGCAGAUAUCAAACCUUUUAAGUAAUUUUUAGACCAUUAAAUCUUAUUUAAAAUCUCUAAAAAUCAUAAUACACAUUUUGGACGUUUUGCUACAAGGUAGUCCAUAUAUGGUUUAUAGCAAAGGUAUAAGCUCUGCUAUUCAUAACUGGUCCAUAAUAUGUAUUUAACAUAAUGUAUUGAAAAAAAUGAAAUAACAUCUUUACUUAACCUCUGGGAAGAAAACUGGGAAAUAACGGGAUACACAUUAUCUUAAGACUCGUCUGUGGGAAGCGUCCGAUCUCCUUCGCCUGCAGGGUUAAGCUCACACUUCUCAGCAUGGACCACGGAGCCCUCAGGCCGCAGCCCCAAGUGCCCCUGCCUGCUGUUCCAGACGGCUGCUGCGUCCUGGCCCGGCUGCUCUCCUGUCUCAAAGGUCACCUCCUUUCCUGCUCCCUUCGCAGGCAAAGGUGGCCUCUCCCACUCUCUGGCCUCAGACACACACCUGUCAUAGAGCUUGUUUAUCUCUCGCAGGUGUUCAGCCUUUUAAGGACUUGGACCUUGUCCCUUUGAUUUGGUGUCCCCAGCAGCUAGCAUAGUGCCUGGCGCAUAGGAGGUUCUUAGGAUGGUGGCCAUUACAAACACAUUCCUGGCUCGCUACCAGACAGCUUUAAAACGGGCUUCUGCUUAUUAGGAAUGCCUGAUGCUGUGGCCGGACAGGCAGCAGAACUGGUCCAGUUUGUGGGGGCAGUUAACCGAGGUCUUGCCUCACGUUGACGGUGAUCCCUCAUCUUCUCUGCUCCCUACGAGGGCAGCUCAGUUGUGGGGUCUUGACUACAGAGGACCUGCUGGGUGCAGCUGCUCGCUGAACUUUUCUGGGCCAAUAAAUCCAUCUAUUUCCAAA